ACAGCCAGUCGUGGUAGGGCAGCAAAAAAAAGUGUAUCACAACACAACAAAAUUGGAAAAUUACCUGUUGAUCGCGGAUUAGUAAAUAUUCGAAAAAUCCAAAACAUUCACGCGUGGCCAAGUAGAAGACAGUGCAAUCGAAGUAACCCAACAAUCGGACUCUCGGAGGGAAAAAACCUUUAGUUCUAGAACGCAUCUUGGAGAGCAGUUGACACCCAUUCCGCGGCCAUGCAAAUGAGAGCAAUCGAACGCUGAUUACCACCGAUCUGGUCCGGAUCCGAUUCGAUCUGAUGCCACAACAAUGCUGCUAAGCGAGACCCACUUUUGGACCACGUUGCGAGACGAGGUGCGCAUCAAGGGCAAUGACCUGGGCGCCUUUCGCUACCUGCGCCAACGGGAGAAGGAGCAGGAGCACCAGGACGCCAUAUCGCUGGCCAAGCGCGAUUACACCGAACGCCGCAAUGGUCUGGCCGUACUGAAGAACAGCAGUCGUAAGUCCGCUGGACGGCUCAAGGAUAACCUCAAGAAGCUGGAGGAUCUAUUGCGCCAGCAUAGAAUCAUUCACUCGGAAUGGCAGGACGCCGCCCAGGUGCUGCUCCUAUUCGCCAACGGUCUGAUAUGCCACAUAUGCGUGGAUAUCUACACCGGGGACAUACUGCGGAUGGUGUUUGAAAAGUAUCUGGUGGGGAAACUGGCCUCGGAGGUCAUCACCGAUGCUUUUUUCACCCGUUCCCACAUCGUCUUGGCUUACAAUACCAACCAGCUGACGGUGGUGCAUCUACAGCGGCCGAAUUCACGGUCACAGGGUCCCGAGAAGAUCGCCAAUAUGGAUCCCCGGAUCUUUCAUGUGAUUAUCCCCGGAGCCACGGAACGUAAGCUAGCCCGCCACCUGACCGUCAAUGGUAGCUUUGAUUUGUUUGUGGUGUGGACGCAGUCAUCCCAAAACGAGGUCUAUCCCUGGAGGCCAACCAUACGAGAUCAGGAUCGAGCCAACAUCCAUGUCUUUAAAAUAAAAGGCUUGCAGUUGGAAUCUAUAGCCUAUUGCUGGUCGGAAAACGAUCCACUGUGCGUGGAUUUCUUGCGGAGCAGCGAAAGCCAAAUCAUCACCCUGGAGCAGAAGGUUUCGCGCAAGGGCGACAUCAGUGCUGAGAUCUGUUCCUAUGAACUGGCCGCCGGCAAGAUGCAACGCACCGCCAUUACCUCGAUACCAAUGGGCGCCCAAAUCUGUUCGUUCGCCUUCAGCCCGGACCAGGAGAAGCUCUUUCUGGGCAGCAUUGAUCGGAACAUCUGCCUGCACGACCUGGUCCAGCAGUCGACGAAGUACGCCAACCAGAUCGAGAUCGUUCCGAACCAGUGCGCCUGGCACUGUGACUCCGCCAUGCUGUGUGUCGCUAAUGAGCGAUCCGUGCUGCAGUGCUUUGACCUGGCUCUGGCCACCAUUGGCCAUCAGCUGGUCAGCGAGAGUGUCACCCCCUUGAACCUGCUGGAUCUGUCGCACUAUUUCGUGGCCCAACCGACGCUCCUGAACGUAGCCUUCAGUCGGAAACCGGACCUGACCAGCUUCAAGCACACCUACGCCCAGACGGACUGUCUGCUGUUGUUGAUUUAUGAGCAGGGGCCGCUGGCCUGUAUGCGCAUCUUUGGCGGCGCUGGAAUGCGAGGGGAUAUCCACAACUCGGGCCUCACCGCGGACGUCAUUGCAGACAAGUACCUGCGACUCCAGCAACCGGAGCGGGCGGUGAAUGUCCUUUCCGCCCUCAAUUGGGAGACCUACGGAGCCAUGUGCCUCAUCACACUCCACAAAAUAGCCAACUAUGUGUUCUUUGGCGGAGAUCAGCGUCGUCCCCGCAUCGAGCUGAUGGCGCGAGCCCUUAAAACAUUCGCCCACAAUCUUUCCGAGGAGACGAAAGAUGAGUUCAGUGACCAGGUGUUUGAUUUAAAGCGACGCUUCUGCUUUUAUCUUUUGCGGAAGAACCUCUUUUCGGAGGCAUUUGAAAUAGCCCAGGACGUGGGGGACUAUGACCUGUUCAUGGAUCUGUACAACCUGACCAAGUGCAUCUCCAGUCUGGGGGAGUUUUCCCAAGUAGCCUUCAGUCAGGCCGCUGCCAUAAUCCACGAGGAGGACCGUGCCAACGGAAACCUUAGCCUGACCUGUGACCUGCGCUCCGAGUCGGCCUGUUCGCAAUCGACUUGCUCGGAUCUGAUGCGUGGCCAGAGCACGGAAACUGGAUCAGGACUUGGAACUGGUUCUAGCUUGGUGCAAGGACAGCAGGUUAUGAAAACAUACGUGCCACCACUGCCCUCCUUCAAGUCAAAGAUCUUUAAUGCCGAGAUGAUAAAGAUCAACAUACCUAAGCCAGAGCUGAGGCCGCCGUUGCCGAAGGUCUCCCUAGCACCUCCAGCCACUUCACUGGCCAGCCUGUCCCUGAAGAGCAACAGUCUCCACCAGGCACCUGUGAAGAGUUCCAAUGUGAAUGGCAACGUAUGGUCCCAGGAUGUGCCAGAUCAGACGGUAGGCCUUCCCAUGCCUAGCAGUCCACCGCUUCGACCAGAUCCAGGAGCGCAAUACGCACUGCCAGCGACAUCACCCCCACCAACGGCCACCUAUCAGCCUAAAUUCUACCAACACCCGUUGGUGUCUGGUAAUAUUCCCGCCAUGCUACCGAACGUCACCAGUGAGGAUUACCAGAAGCGAUUGCUGUCCAAGAAGCCAACUGCUUCCAUUCUUUCCAAUCCGGCCAAUCCAGCGCCGGCGAACGGCGAGGCAGCCACACCCAGUGCCAAAUCACAAACGGCCGAGAAGAACAAGGUCAAGUUCUCGGACACCAUACAGGUGGCGGUGGUGCCGGAGAUUCCCCGCAAGGAGAAACCGAUGCCGCCCAAGAGAAACGGUUACUCCAGGCCAGCCACGCGGCAUCUGACCAAUCCUAAGAAGGAGCUGGCUGACAGCUUGCCACUUUGUCAUCCCAACGAUGAAUAUCUUAAGGAUUUUAAUCCAAUUACUACAAAUAUGACCAAGCCCCCUACCCGACGCCGGGAUGAGGAUUCAAAACAAAGCAGCAGCAAAAACACCUCCUCCUCCUCGUCGUCCAUCAAGGUGGUCCACUUCGGCGUGGUCUGAGCUAAUAAUUCAUAGUGCAAUCUUGAAGUUGAUACACUUUCGGUUUAGAGCUUCCACUCGUCUGUAACUAUUGCCGUCCAUUUUUUAGUUAGUGCAAAGCUUUAAAUAGGAAAGUUUUUUAUGCAAUAAGUUCCGCUCUACACUUUAUACAAGUUACUUAUUAAAGCUUAGCCCUAGAUGUUUGCCAAAAUCGGAA